AUGGAUCCCGCUUCUCUCGCCUUCGGCGUGGUGUCGCUGGCGAUGCAGCUGAUGCAAACCACGACAGCGAUAAAGAAGCUGAUUACCGAUUACAAGUCUGCCGCCAAAGACCUCGCAGUUCUCUCAGACAAGCUCGACGACAUUGAGGCGGUCUGCCGCUCGCUCGAGGUUGUCCUAGCCAACUUUGAUGCAAUCCGGAACCCAUGGGAGACCACGCUUUUGAACAAAUUGUACAAAGCUAUCAGCGACUGCCGCGACAAAGUCUCUCUUGCGUAUGAUGCUGUCCACAAAGUCACGGCCCGUCGGAAGAAUGGGCGCGCCUCUUUGGCCACGGUUGGCAGCUUGGUUCUGCAGCACAGAGCCCGGAUCCGACAGUGUAAUGAUGAUCUGGAUCGAUCUCUGUCUUCACUUCAACUACACAUGACUACCAAUCUCUUGGCUGCCAACAUGAGACCUUCAGUCCUGCCUAGGCGAGGCCAUGUUUUAAUAUCUGCUCCUUCGGUAGUAGAGGGUCAAUCGACAGAAACAGUCUCUGUUACGAAUCGAAAUCGCACAUUCUCAUCAUACAAAGACAGCUCAGAUACUCUCAUCACACAGUGGCGAUGGGGUUGGAGCGCACUCGGUUAUCUUCAAACGACGCGAACUCUCAAGACAACUACUGGAUUUAGCGAGACUGACUCUCUGAAAACUGACGAAGAUCUAUCCUUCUUGAUAGGUGUUCCGAUAUUGAAGCUGUACCUCAAACUGUCAGUUCGGCGAGGGUCACUCUCUCCCUUGUCCGCCUCCCUGCACUUCCCACACGUUAUCGACACAGCCCCCGGAUCGAGCGAAAUUGGUGAUCGACUAGUCAGUGCCCUUUUCUAUGAUGACGCAGAAGCGGUUAGGGAUUACUUCUGUAAAGGUUUACUCACCCCGUUCUCCACUAUGGCGUGGAGUCUCUACAGAGAUGCCGAUGACGAGACAACUUUUUACGGAGUAAGAGAAACACUAGAAGUAAUGUCUGCAAAUUCCUGGUUGAACAACUUUCAGAUUCGCUGCAAAGCUUCAUUUGGACUGAAGCAGCUGCUGUUUGACUACAUUGACAUGCGAGGCGAUUCAUUGACCCCUCUUGAGGUUUUAAGAGCCCUCAAUGAGCUUCGCUCGGCCCGCGAUUUGAAGAUUUUCGUUGAGUAUUGCAAACAGCGCUUUUCAGACGAUUGGUGGCCCUUCAACCUUCGUCUUUACUCAUAUCUUGUCGGUAUGUUUGAACUAUCGUACAGUAUGCGGCCAUGUGACCUCCUGGACGACUGGGCUCCCGUCCUUGCUGAUGUUCUGUCAAAUGGUGUCGACAUCCAUACCUCGACCUGGCUGGAUAAGCCGCUAACAGGAAGACAUGAAGGGUUCAGUGCCGUUCACCGCAUAAUUUCCAAUGCUGAGUCGCCUCAAAUGGCCCUGGAACGAUGCAGCCUCUGGCUAAACUUGUUGGAACAGGUUGGUGUUGACAUUGAGGAGUAUCUUGAUGUCGAGAUCAACCACUGUAUUGCAACUUGGGACCAAAAGAGCACAGAAAAUGGCACGGAAUUCCGCAAGAUAUUCACUGUCCAGGAGUAUGGAGGUCGGAGGAUGCCAUGCUGGAUUCAAGAGAUCGAUGGCGCAUGCCCGAUACGAGAACUCUUGUUGGAGUUUCCUCAUUUCCAAAAGCGAGAUACUAUGUACCGCUUCGAUUUGGAUACUUCGACCACGUCAGAGUUGCAUAGGGCAUGGAAAGACCCCAUGACACAGAAAUGCUUGGAUGGCUCAUCACCCUAG